AUGACUCCUCCACCAGUGCUCACUAAUUCUCAAGGACAAGCUAUUCCAAAUCCACCCUAUGCCACCCAAAGAAUUGGCAAACAUGGCCCGUUGUUGUUGCAAGACAUUGACUUGAUUGACAAUUUGGCCCAUUUCGAUAGAGAGAGAAUCCCAGAAAGAGUGGUUCAUGGUAGGGGUUCAGGUGCUCAUGGUGUUUUUGAAGUUACUGAUGACAUCACCGAUAUUUGCGCUGCUGAUUUUUUGAGUGAAGUUGGUAAAAAGACCAAAACAUUUACAAGGUUUUCUCUUGUUGCAGCUGAAUCUGGUGCCAAUGACUCUGCAAGAGAUGUUAGAGGUUUGCUACAAAGUUUUACACUUCUGAAGGAAUUUUGGAUUUUGUUUAUAUUCACACACCAACGUUUUUCAUUAGAGAUCCAUCUAAAUUUGUUGAUGUUAACCAUGUUCAGAAAAGAAACCCGCAAACUAACUCCAAGGACCCUAAUGCUGCUUGGGAUUUCUUUACGUUGAACCCUGAAACUGUUCAUCAGGUUACUAUCUUGUACACCGACCGUGGAACUCCCGCUUCGUUCAGACAUAUGCAUGGGUUUUCAGCCCACACUUUCAAAUGGGCCAAUGCUAAAAACGAAUGGGUAUACGUGCGUAUUCAUCAAUUGACUGACCAGGGUAUUAAGAAUCAUACCGCGGAAGAAGCCACUCGUCUUGCCGGUGAAAAUCCAGAUGCUGCGCAAGAUGAUUUGUUUCAAAGCAUUGAAAAGGGUGAUUACCCAUCGUGGACUUGCUAUGUUCAGACAAUGACCCCAGAGCAGGCUAAAAAGGCUCCUUUCUCUGUGUUUGAUAUGACCAAAACUUGGCCACAUAAAGAUUACCCAUUGAGACGAUUUGGAAAAUUGACAUUGAAUGAAAAUCCGCUCAACUACUUUGCUGAAGUGGAACAAGCCGCUUUUUCACCAGCAAAUACUGUCCCAUCGAUGCAACCAUCAGCUGACCCCGUCUUACAAGGAAGAUUGUUUUCUUACACCGACACUCAAAGAUACAGGUUAGGGGUCAAUUUUGCUCAAAUUCCGGUCAACUGUCCUCUCAGAGGUGGUGUGCAACCCUUUGCCCCUUCCGAAAGAGAUGGGUUUAUGAAUGUUAAUGGAAACCUCGGUGCAACUCCAAAUUACUUGACAAAGAGAGAACGGUAUACCGUCAAGUCAUUUCCACUUCAACAGUUUCAAGAAAUAUGGGAGGGUCCCGCUGAACCAUUUGAAUGGGUUGCUACCCCGGCGGAAUUCGACCAGCCCGCAGUGCUUUACAAUGAAGUGUUGUCAGAAAUCGAAAAGAAACACUUGGCUCAUAAUAUCGCCAUUGAUGUAGCUAAAACUGAGCCCGAGAUCCAGGAUAGGGUUUUCAAAUACUUUGGUGGUGUCAGUCCUGAGUUAGCCGAAGCUGUCAAAAAGGAGGUGUUUCAGUUGAGUCCAAGAAAGCAGGGCAACCACAUCUCUUGA